AAGUUCGAACAGGAGAGUUCGUCACACAAAUCGUCAAAAGAAAAUCACCUGGAACUGAUCGAUCAAACAGUCUCUCUCUCCCUCUCUCCUCCCCAGUUAACCUUCAUUAGAGAGAAAAGAAGAGAAACAAGAGAUUAAAGAGAAGCAAAUCGCUGAUCUUUGAAAGAGUAGAGUGUGGUCUUUUGCCGGUGAAAUUUGACCCACAUUCACUCAUAAAUGUCAAAAGGUUUCACCGGUUCAUUUGGCUCUCCGGCGUGGCCACGUCUGUUCCUCGACAUCCGUUCAUCACCCUCGCCGGAGUCCGGCAGAAACUGGGAACACACCACCUUGUCAGUUACCAAGUAUCGUAAGAAGGAAGUAAACCAUGGAGGCUUCGGAACUCGGCAACAAAGAUGUUGUGCUGAACGUUGGAACUUCGGUGGUAGAAAGUGGACAUGGAGAAGAAUUGAACAGAGACUCAACUGAGAAUGAACAUGUAGAGGUUUCUUCUACAAGAGAGAGCUCCAUUAACGGGAGACAGAACAGUGUAAUCAGAGGGAACUCAGGAGGGUGGAAGCCUGCAUUUCUCUUGCUGGCAAAUCAGGGUCUAGCCACGCUUGCUUUCUUUGGUGCGGGUGUGAACUUGGUCCUGUUCUUGACUAGGGUUCUUGAGCAAGAGAAUGCUGAUGCUGCAAACARCGUUAGCAAGUGGACUGGGACGGUUUACAUGUGUUCACUGAUCGGUGCAUUCCUCAGCGAUUCAUACUGGGGCCGAUACUUAACCUGUGCAAUCUUUCAGUUAGUYUUUGUGCUGGGUCUGGUAUUGCUAUCACUGUCAUCUUGGCUGUUUCUGAUCAAGCCGGAGGGCUGUGGAAAUGGAGUAAUUGACUGUAGGCCAGCAUCUUCAGUUGGCAUCGCCAUCUUUUACCUGUCAAUUUACCUCGUUGCCUUUGGAUACGGCGGGCACCAACCAACCAUAGCCACAUUGGGAUCCGACCAGGUUGAUGAGCCUUCGAAGCCAGCUUUUUUCUGCUAUUUUUACUUCGCAUUGAAUGUUGGCUCUCUCUUCUCCAACACCAUUCUGGUCUACUUUGAAGAUUCCGGCAAAUGGACUCUGGGGUUCUUGACCUCCACAGCUUCUGCAGUUAUAGCUCUCAUCCUCUUCUUGGUGGGAACGCCGAGAUAUAGGCACUUCAAGCCAUGUGGCAACCCAUUGCCCCGUGUUGCUCAGGUAUUUAAUGCAGCUUUCAGGAAAUGGAAGGUAACUGCUCCUAAAGAUGCCGAGAAAUUGUAUGAGUUGGAAGGUCCAGAAUCUGCAAUUAAAGGGAGCAGAAAAAUUCUGCACAGUGAUGAAUUUGGGUUCUUGGACAAGGCAGCCACCAUGACUGAGAGUGACCUACAUGGACCAAUGGACCCCUGGAGGCUCUGCACGGUGACGCAGGUAGAAGAGGCCAAAUGUGUCCUGAAGAUGCUGCCCAUAUGGCUCUGCACCAUCAUCUACUCUGUCGUCUUCACCCAGAUGGCUUCACUCUUCGUUGAGCAAGGAGCCGUCAUGAACUCCGACGCUGGCAACUUCCACCUUCCCGCUGCAAGCAUGUCUGCUUUUGACAUCUGCAGCGUUCUAGUCUUCACCGGCAUUUACCGUCAAAUCCUCGUGCCGGUCGUCGGUAGACUAACCGGGAACCCAAAGGGUCUCUCGGAGCUUCAACGAAUGGGUGUAGGGCUGGUAAUCGGAAUGCUAGCUAUGGUGGCUGCCGGAAUCACAGAGCUACAAAGACUCGAAAAGGUUACUCCCGGAAAUGAGAUUAGCUCACUGAGCAUAUUCUGGCAGAUUCCACAGUACACUCUGGUGGGAGCGUCGGAGGUGUUCAUGUACGUGGGGCAGUUGGAAUUCUUCAACGGGCAAGCACCGGACGGAAUCAAGAGCUUCGGGAGCUCGCUUUGCAUGGCUUCAAUCUCAUUAGGAAACUAUGUCAGUAGCUUGCUGGUUCACAUGGUGAUGGGGAUUACAGCCAAGAAUAACAAGCCGGGAUGGAUCCCCGGAGACCUCAACUCCGGUCAUAUGGACAGGUUCUACUUCCUCCUUGCCGGGCUGACGGCCAUUGAUUUCGGUGUCUACUUGUUCUGUGCUAAGUGGUACAAGUGCAUUAAUCUUGAGUGCCAUGCGCAAGGCACUGAGAUGGCGGAAGGCCAAGCAUCAGAUAAUGCAGUUAGACAAGUCUAGUUAAGACUGAAAAUCUAGGGAAAUGACUGUCUAUAAGCAUGGUAUUAGAGCGUGGAGUUCUUUCAUCAGGAAUUAACAAUCCAAAUUAGUAGUUCAGAUGAUGAAUUAUGUAGUGUAGAUGGACAGUCAUUUCAUUUCUGAUCAGUAUCAAAGGGAUAGAGAAGCAUGACCCUAAGGAGAAAGCUGCAAGGGAUGGUUGCUUCCAUUUUAAUGCAGGAUUUCAUACAGUGAGAAAGGUUGAUUCAAAACUGAGAGAUGGGUUCUAGUUAGUAGGCUUUCUUUUGAUACUUUUUAGGGUUUGAGAUGGGGUUUGCUAGGUGAAUUGAUCUAAGUUUUCCUUUUCUUGCUUUUCUGACUUUUAAGAUUUAAUUAAGAUGGGUUGUAUUCCCAAAAUUUUAGUUGAUAUUAAACAUGAGAAGCCCAGAUUAUUUA